AUGGAAUCCCACAGCGUAAACAACAGCUUGAACCUUGACAAGAAUAAAGUUCAAGAAAAGGACUACUCGAAGCGAGCUCAAUGGCUACGAGCCGCCGUGCUCGGUGCCAACGACGGUCUUGUCUCGACUGCUUCAGUUAUGAUCAUGGCGAUCGGAGAGUUUGUCUCCGUCUACUCUCAGUACGACAUAAAUGUGGCUCAGAUGAAAAGGGAGAGCGGAAGCGAGAUAGAGAAAGAGAAGCUUCCAAGCCCGACGCAAGCAGCUGCGGUGUCUGCGUUAGCGUUUUCUUUAGGAGCUAUCGUGCCUUUAUUGGCGGCUGCGUUUGUGAAAGAGUAUAAAGUGAGAAUUGGAGCGAUUGUGGCGUCGGUGACGUUGGCGUUAGUGAUGUUUGGGUGGUUAGGAGCGGUUUUGGGGAAAGCACCGGUGGUUAAGUCGUCGGUUAGGGUUUUAGUAGGAGGAUGGUUUGCUUUGGCCGUUACGUUCGGUUUGACAAAACUUGUUGGAGGAUGGUUGGCUAUUGGUGUGGGACAUGUUGUAUUAACGUGGGCUUGUGAUCCAAGUGGAGACAUUAGGGUGAUCCCUGAGGAUGAUGGAACGUUUGGAUCGGAUUUCACUGGGACAAGUGAAGGGGAGUUGCGCAGUGUGCCCAGAGGGUUCGGAGUUGAUUAG